AUGCACCCUCCUCCGCGUGCGGGUCGCCGGCAAACCGUCCGUCGACUGUGUGUGUACGAGCACGGCACGGUGGCAGGGUCGUACCGAUGUGCGAGCAUGCAUGCAAAUCCCCCCCGUCGCCUGUCGCCGGCAGCUAAAGCCGGAGGGGAUCGUCCACCAGCAGGCGCGCUGAGAUCCGAUCCAGGAAGGAAAGGGCAAUACUGGCACACUGGGCAGGCCGGCGGCAGAGGGUUGGAGUUAUACCUAAUUUGUACGUAA